AUGGCGACUGCUUCGCCCAUCGACAUUCAGACCCCGCCACGCUAUGGCUCCAAUUCACCACAGAACCAAACCUCUAAUCUGACGUCUGCUCUGAGGCAGGCCGAGGCUCAGCCCGACCUCGCCACAACACCGGGCCUGCUCAACCCCAACAAUUUCGACUUCCAUGCCAAUGGCACUCGUCCGGGCAUGGGUGAGCGCCACCCCUCCGUCACCAUGCUCGGCUCUUCCUUUUACGGAAACAGCAGCGCCCGUCCCAUCACUAUGAAGGACCGCGGCCGGCGCGAGAGCAUGAACAUGGGCAGCUUCGCCGGUGGCAUGAGCUGGGGCGGCCACUCAGUGGGCUCCUGGAUUCGUGAUGACAUCAUGAUGGGCACCUCGCCUGCUCCCCUCGCCCAGAACUCGCCCUCAUUCCACUCGUCAUCGUACCUGCCCAAGAUGGAGGCGGCCUUUAUGAAGGACUUCACCUGCUGCGGCCUCACCCUGGCCUCGCUGCACGACCUGCUCCAGCACUUUGAGGAGACACACGCCAACACACCCGCUGCCCGCCCUCAACAACCACCACAAAAUGGCUUCACAUCACAAUCGGGCGCCCCUACCAGCUCAAUAGCGCCCAGCCAGACCCAGGGCGAGACAUACAACCAACAGAACGGCUUCCAAUCAAGAUCAGGCUCCACAGGCGCACCCCGCCAGCGGAUAGGCUCCGUCAGCCGCUCCAACCUGUCCACUGUCCAGGACAUGGACUCGCUAGACGACAUGGACAUGGACGACAUCAACUUUGAGACUCUCGGCCCCAUCGAAGAGCAGCAGCCCAUGCAGCAAUAUCCCGUCCAGAGCCAGUUCAACCAGAACCAGAACCAGCAGCCGCAGCUCAACGUCAAUGUCAACCUCGCCAACAACAUGCAAAGCCACCAGGGCAUGCGAACAUCGACGCCCACGACGCCUUCUGCCUCGCAGCAAUUCAACCUCCAGAACAACCCUACUGUCUCAUCCGUCAACACACCAACGCUUGGCACGAUGCCCAUGCAAAACCACAACUUGACAUCGCCCGAAUCAUCACACCCUGGCACACCUGCCGAGCUCGACAUGGACUUUGGCGGUUUCAACCCAAUGAUGGGCAUGGACAUGGGUAUGCCCAUGGGCAUGAACUUUGGCAACGGCAACGGCAACUUUGGCAUGGGCGCCUUUGACAACAACGGCACCAUUGACCAGCCAGGCAAGCGUCUGUUCAGCAAGCAAGGCGCCGGUCUCAACCAGGCUCAGCUCCAGGCCGCCCUCAAGAACUACCAGCUCAGCGGCAAUGACCAGAGCGAAAUGGCGAGGAGGCUACGAGAACAGCAGCUCAUCAAUGGCGCAAGCAUACCCCAAUUCCCCUUCCCUGAGGAGGUCAAGCCAUUCCGAUGCCCAGUCAUUGGGUGCGAAAAGGCCUACAAGAACCAGAAUGGAUUGAAGUACCACAAGCAGCAUGGUCACCAAAACCAGCAGCUCAAGGAAAACGACGACGGCACAUUCUCCAUUGUCGACCCCCUGACAUCCAUCCCUUACCCGGGAACUGUUGGCAUGGAGAAGGAGAAGCCAUACCGCUGCGAGGUCUGUGGCAAGCGAUACAAGAACCUCAACGGUCUCAAGUACCAUCGCUCCCACGCUCCCCACUGCAAUCCUGAACUGGCCAUGCAGAAGCUUGGGCUGACGGGUUCUCUCCAAAAUCUUCAAAACGCAAAUGUUGCUGGAGCCGGAAUGGGUGGCAUCGACCCUUCCAUGUUUUAGAGCACAAGCUCGUACAAUGCCUUCAAUUCUCCCAGUCGCUAUUGCUGCGUCUCACCCAAUUGUCCUCUUCUUAAUACCCAAACGUUCAACAAUCGCGACCAAGCUUGCGUCUUUCGUCUAUAGACCUUGUUUUCCUUAUCGACUGAUGCUGGCCAGCAACAUGAAAAGUCAUGACUGAAUUCAAUUUUUAUCUCUGCAUCACCUGGCGUUUCUUGGAUUGGACCAUCAGCAACACAUCUAGCAAGCCAGCCAGGCCUGAUUCUUGGAUAGACUGUUCGUUGGCCGUUCUAUGUAUUUCAAUCUCUGCACAUCCUUAGAGUUGUGCAUCUCCUUUGACCGGCACAGAGCCUGGCAGGAUGACAUCGUUUGCAGGAGAGCCGUUUCGAGCAGCCCUGUCCUGUUUUGUGUUUUCGCGGAAUAUCCCCUGGGUCGUCGUCUGAUUUCACUCAAUCGUUAGAUCUGGGUCUGUUGUGGCGUUACUAUCACAAACUAAAAGUUUUCAAAAAAGGUUCACGCUUAUACGCUGUCCUUUGGUUUUACAAGUGUAUUUUUCUGUUUUCAUGGAGAUAGUUCAUAGACGUUGAGGAUUUUCCAACGGCCCCCCCGUGUAAUUGGGGGGAGGGAGGACGGUCCCGUAAUACCACACUACUACAAACAUGACGCUUCGCUCC